UAGUCGUAUAUAGGCUACGUGUGAUGAAUUUCUGUUCAAAAGGACAGCAUUUUAUGCGUUUGCAGGCGUCCUAUGGCGUCCAAGUCCUAUAGUGUGGAUAAAAUGAACAUCACAGUGCUCUAGACGAGGAAGAUGAUGGAAGCAGAUCCAUCAGAUAUUUGCCGGGUGUGCAGAUCGGAGGGUACAUCUGAUCGGCCCCUAUUCCAUCCAUGUGUUUGCACUGGCAGUAUCAAAUUCAUACACCAGGAAUGUCUUGUCCAAUGGCUGAAGUACAGUCGGAAAGAAUACUGUGAAUUAUGCAAACACAGGUUUGCAUUUACGCCUAUUUAUUCGCCUGAUAUGCCCAAACGUCUGCCCAUCAAGGAUAUUGUCAGUGGGUUAUUGGCAAGCGUUGGCAAAGCAGUUCGCUACUGGUUCCAUUAUACUUUGGUAGCCAUUGCUUGGUUGGGCAUUGUACCGCUGACGGCAUGUCGGAUUUAUCGCAGUUUGUUCACCGGUUCUGUGAGUUCUCUGCUCACCCUCCCACUGGAUAUGCUCUCAACAGACAACUUGCUGUCAGAUUGUUUCCAAGGGUGUUUUGUGGUGACGUGCACACUCUGUGCUUUCAUCAGCCUCGUGUGGUUACGGGAACAGAUCCUGCAUGGUGGGGGACCAGAUUGGCUGGAAGAUGAUAUCCAGCCAGUGGUUGUAAACCAACAGCCUAAUGUUGCUGGUGGCGACAAUGGUGGAGUUGCUGAUAACAACGGCGGUGUUGCAGCACAAAAUGGCGCAGUUGACGGACCACCAGGGCAACAGGAAGACGCCGGAGACGCAGCCGGAGCUGAAGAGAAUCCUGCCGGUGGUGCGGCCGACGAAGAGGCUGGUGAAAAUAACGCUGAUGCAGCAAAUAAUGGGAACAACGCCGCUCAGGAUGAUAACAAUUGGAAUCCUAUUGAAUGGGAUCGAGCAGCGGAGGAGCUGACAUGGGAACGGCUCCUUGGUCUAGAUGGUUCUCUUGUGUUCCUGGAACAUGUGUUUUGGGUUGUGUCAUUGAAUACACUCUUCAUCCUAGUAUUUGCAUUUUGUCCGUAUCACAUCGGUCAUUUCCUGAUUGCCGGUUUAAAGUUGGAUGAACUGAUUUCUGCGAGCCAGUUUGAAGGUGCUGUGACAACUCUGAUUGGCUACGGGGUAUUUGCAGUGUCAUUGAUAGUGCUACACGGUCUCGCACGCCUGGCGAGGUUCCCCAAGUCGCGGCGGAUCCUUGGACUUUGUUACGUUGUUGUGAAAGUCUCACUCCUGGUCGUUGUCGAGAUAGGCAUCUUUCCUCUCAUCUGUGGUUGGUGGCUUGAUAUAUGCUCACUGACAAUGUUUGAUGCAAGUUUGAAAGACCGAGAAACAAGUUUCAAAUCAGCGCCGGGAACGUCCAUGUUCAUCCAUUGGCUGGUCGGGAUGAUCUAUGUGUUCUACUUUGCGUCAUUCAUCCUUCUACUUCGUGAGGUGCUGCGUCCAGGUGUGCUCUGGUUCCUGAGAAAUCUGAAUGAUCCAGAGUUCCAUCCAAUACAGGAGAUGAUCCAUCAGCCGGUUGUGAGGCAUGUAAGACGAUUCCUCGCAUCUAUAGUCAUAUUUGGUAGCACUGUCUUGGUGAUGCUCUGGUUGCCAAUUCGCAUCAUCAAGAAGGUUAUACCGGGAUUCCUGCCAUAUAAUGUGGUUUUAUCCAGCGAUGCCCCUGUGAGUGAACUCUCGUUGGAGUUACUGUUACUUCAGGUUGUUCUCCCAGCAUUACUAGAGCAGGGCCACACACGGUUAUGGUUGAAGGGCCUCGUCAGGGGAUGGGUUGUUGUGAUGGCGUUUGUUUUGCAUAUGCGGUCAUACUUGUUGGGGGAUGUAGAUAUAAAUGAAGAGGAUAACAUUAUUCGUUAUGGCAAUGCACCUGAAGUGGCAGCACCAGCAGCAGCUGCUGCCCAACCUGCCCAGCAAGCUGCAGGGUUAGGAGCUGCCCAUCAGGCUAUGCUUCAGGGAGGAGGACCCACCGGAUUCCAACCAUAUAAGAGACCUAGAGGUUUCUACUUUAGGCUAUUGGUGCUGUUUGCUGUGAUGUGUUUCACUUUAUUCCUGUUUAGUUUAGUGCUCCUUAUUUCACCUGUAUUUAUUGGCAGAAAAUUGAUGUCGUUGCGCAUGGGUGAUGCUAAAAUCCAUGAACUGUACACGUCUGCGUGUGGUCUGUAUGUGUGUUGGUUGGGGAUGAGGGUAUGUAAUGUCAUGACUCACUGGAUACCCCAGGGCUGGGGUGCAAUACUACACAAGCUACAAGAGUGGGUCGUCAUGGUGAUAAAAGCUGUAUUGAUAGGGAGUAUCCUGAUUGGUUUGGUUCCGUUGUUACUGGGCCUGUUGUUUGAACUCGUGAUUGUUGUGCCGCUGAGAGUACCGCUCGAUCAGUCGCCCGUCUUCUUCCCUUGGCAGAACUGGGCUCUCGGUGUACUCCACGCAAAAAUAAUCUGUGCCGUGACCAUGAUGGGCCCACAAUGGUGGCUGAAGAGAGCAACAGAAGAGGUUUACAAUAACGGUCUCCGUAACCUGAAUCUAACGUUCAUCAUGACCCAUCUCUGUUUGCCGAUUGUGGGAGCUCUCGGAAUGGCUUUAGCUGUGCCAUACGUCAUUGGAAAAACUAUCAUCCCCGCUUUUGGUGUGGAUGAAGAACUGCAAAUGAUGGUGCUGCGUCGUAUAUAUCCUUUCCUGUUAACGGUCCUGGUGCUCGUGGGCAUUUGUGUAUUUCAGGCGCGGCAAUUCAAACGCUUGUAUGAGCAUAUCAAGAAUGACAAGUAUCUGGUCGGCCAGCGUUUAGUCAACUACCAAAGGAACCGACAGCAACAGCAAGCGUCUGCUAGAAGUCAGACCUCUGACACUCAAUGAAUGUUUGAUUUUUGAACAUGUGACAUCAGCAGGCCAUGUGAAAUCGCAUGUGUCGCAUUUCACCAUUGAAACUCCAUACAUUAAACUACUUUUCUCGUGCACAGCAUGGAAACGAUAUAAAGUUGUAGUGGGGCACAUUACAUGUAUUGUUGGUCACACGGGGAAGUGGGACUCUGCAUCUUUUAGAUUUUGAGCUGAGCCUUGCCAUUAUUUGGUGGAAGGUGCGAAAGUAUUAACACACUGCACUGUAACUUUGUGUAUUUAGUAGAAAGGGCUACAUGGCCCCCCUUAUUUUAGGGGCUGGUGAAUUUAGUAUUUCAUUGUUUAUGUCAUCUAUAGCACGUGGCUUGUAGUCAGUGUUCUGGUCUAAUCAGUAGACCUUCUGUCUCAGACGCUGAUUGUGGAGUAUGCCUCCUACUCCACUCUGAGCGAUAUGACAGAUCGUUUCUCGAUGUUUGGUUCGAUGGAGAAGUUCAGGUUGUGAAUCCUGCAGAGAUCAUGAAUGUUGAUGGAGUAAGUCUGUCGUGAUUGAAAUGUGUCUAGUAAACGGCGAGGUAUUUGGGGAAUAUAUAUGUUUUAAGUGGAUACCACUGUUCCUCCCAAGUACAGAUACUCGGUAACAACAGGUACACCUAGUCAUGUUUGCGUUGGCUGUCAAUAAUUCCCGGACUUCUCCUUUGUGAAAUUUUGUAAAUACAUCGACUAGACUAUUCAGCAAAUGCCUCCCCUAGGCCCUCCCCAAGACAAUGCUGAAAUGUUGUAAAAGACAGGAGACCUAAUUCUUCAAAUGUUGAUCUGUCUGCUCUGAAUAGUCUGGUAUGUCCACUGUAUGACGUACAUGUACACGAUGGAUGGUGUAAUUAUUUCAAUUAUGUAAAUAUGGUGUGACCCGCCUGCCUGGCAGUAUAUGUUGUAUUUGUGAUCUUUAAAUAAAAUUCACUUGUUGCAAGCGGAAUAUGCUGUC